ACGGAGGUACAUUUGGUCCCUCUGUUUUGCUAACAAUUCGAUCCCUCCAAAUAACCAAUGUUGAUUCUAAACACCACUUCGCACUGUUUCCAUGUGAAAACACCCAAGCCAAGUGGAAGCAUCCAGGUCCUGUGACGUUUUCAACUUUCAAGGUCCAUCUGAGUCGGCCAUCGGAGGUGGGAGCAAGCAUCGACAACCUCGGCAUUCACAUGCAUCACCGCAAGAGUUAGUGUCUAAACCUGACCUCCGCUCGUAGACCCCAGUGGACUAUUCGCUAUUCUGUCCCAACACCAACACCUAUUAUUUACUCAAAACCCAAGUCUUAACUCUCUAUCCACCCACUCCCUUCUCUGUCGUGUAAACCAAGACCCAACUUUCAAAUCAAAUAAGCCAAUUACUCAACUACACCAUGUCUCUCAAAAAUGGUCUGUAAACCCUCUCGAUCAGUUGCACCUCAAACUGACUUUUCCGCAGAUGCAUUCCCCUCUUCCCAAGCAUUCGAUGCUAUAAACACUGCUCUCUCCUCCGACGAUGCCGAACGUGCCAAUGCCAUCAAGCAAGGCAACGCCGUCUUUGCAUUCACGAUAAAGAACAAGGCCGGAGAGACGGAGAGCUGGCACAUUGACCUCAAGGAGAAGGGAGUUGCUGGAAAGGGACUUGGAACCAAGCCUACAGGUGCGUUGCACUGUCCAAGUUCAGUUCUUCGGAUUUCCCACCCGUAGUCAUGAUGCCAUACCGGCCAAGUUAUAGGAACUCCAAGCUAAUAAUCUUUCUCUUUAGUUACUCUCUCCCUCUCCGACGACGACUUUGGAAAAUUGGUCGCAGGCAAGGCGAAUGCACAAAGACUGUUCAUGUCCGGAAAGCUCAAGGUCAAGGGAGAUGUAAUGAAGGCCACCAAGAUGGAGCCUAUUCUGAAGAAGGCACAAACCCCCAAGGCAAAACUAUAGAGAAACCAAUGAACAAUGUACAACAUUAUAUGCCAGAUUCGUUCUCGGAGAUUUUGGUUGGGAACAUGCGGACGUGUAGUCCGGGGAACACAUUUGGAUACUGCGAUGGUCUGGUCAGUGGGGAACUCCUACCUGUAGGUAGAUUCACACAGAACAGCUAAAUUUUGCCCAUGUAAUAUGAAUACAAUACAAUCUAUCUAUC